AUGAGCAAGGCACAUGACUGGAAAGAUGAAGAGAGGCAGAAGAUUGAUGUUCUAGAGGUUUGGAAGCAAGUUCAACGAACUAUUGCUAAUGAAAAGAAAGAGAAAAUUGUUACACGGAAUUCCCGUUGGAAAACCAUCCGGAUAUUCGUGUCCUCAACUUUCAAAGAUUUUCACACCGAACGUGACGUACUCGUUAAGGAGGUUUUUCCAGAUUUACGACAGUGGUGUCAGAGGCGAGAUUUGAACUUAGUGGAGUGUGAUUUGAGAUGGGGUGUGCCACAAGAAACGCCGUACUGCGUUACAUUAGAGAUAUGUUUGGAGGAGAUAAGAAGGUGUGAGAGAGAGAAUACUUGGCCAUAUUUUUUGAACAUGACAAGCAAAAGGAUAGGUUUCAUUCCACUAAAAGAUGAACUCCCAGACGAGCUGAUCAACAAAUUUGACCUUGUCCUCGGCCUCUCGAUUGCCGAGAUGGAGAUUGUUGAGGCGGCAUAUCGCAAGGGAAACCCUAACUCGCUAUUCAUGUACAGAGAUGAGUCUUUCAUUGAGAGCAUAACGGAUGAAAAGAUUAGAAAAGAGUUUGUGGAUGAGUUAAAUCCGAUAGCCAAUAAGAAGCUGAAGAUUCUUAAAGAGAAGAUAGAAGCCAGAUUUUCUGUCUUGGAAUUUUUCAAGAAACGAAUAGACGAGGACUACCCCUUAGCGAACAACGAAAGGAUGAAUAAGAUGGACGAAGAUUUGAACCAGCACGAUGCAUUCAUGCAGAGUAGGGCCAACCUCGUUCUUGGCAGGCAAGAUACUUUGAAGAAGAUAAUGACUUACCUGGAAAGCGACAGGCAGAGCCAGUCAAUGAUUCUAGUGGGUGACUCUGGCUCGGGCAAGUCCUCCAUCAUGGCCAAACUCGUUUACGAUCUGCUCGAUAAGAUUAAGUAA